AUGCGUAGUGCUGUUGCUGUAGUUCUCGUGGCAGUGAUGACUCUGAGCCUCCAGGAGACAGAGGCUGAGAGGAGCCUCCAGUACCUCGAACGGGAGUUGGUGUCCGAGUUGGCGGCACAGAUCCUGCGCGUGGCUCAGGGACCCUCGGCCUUCGUCGCGGGCCCUCACAAGCGCAACUCGGAGCUGAUCAACUCCCUCCUGGGGAUCCCCAAGUUCAUGAACGACGCCGGGAAGAGAUAAAUACCAUAGACGAGUCUGCUGUUAGAGUGAAUAAAAAGUUUGUCUUAUCUCUCUAAACUAAUAUCAGCUUCAGAAAUCGAAAUUAAUAUUAUCAGUUCAUUCUCUUACAUCAGAUAACAUGUACUGUAUAUCCAGUAAGAUUAAAGACAUGGAGAGGUUA